GUUGUAGUGUGGUUGCAUCAGUGCGCUCAGGAUUUGUUAGCUGCUUUCUGUUUCUGGUUGAGGCACUUUCUGUCAAAGUAAAUCAGUUCAAGAGUGUCGUUAAGUGAAGAGGGUGAGAUGAAGCUGUUUAUUGGCGAGGGGAAUCCGCACUGUGUUAAAGUGCUGGCUGUGCUGGAACUUACUGGAGUGAAAUGUGACGUGCAACUAGUCAACCACGAGGACAAAGUGGUACCAUACCUCACUCGACCGGUGUUACCCGUCCUGCUGUUACCCGACGGUCAGCACCUCUUCAGCCCCAACACCAUCUGUCAAUACCUUUAUGAUGUAAGCGGUCAGAAAGCAUCUGAGAUCUGUAACCAAUGGCUGGAAUGGGAAGCAACAGAUUUACAGCCUGCAGUGUUACAGGCCCUCCACAUGGUGUCACUGCAGGGAAAACAAAGCGAAGCAGCAUCUGUGAUAAAGGAGCCACUGGGUUAUCUGGAACAGAGACUGAGUAAAACAUCUACACCAUUCUUAACCUCUGAUAAAAUAACAGUUGCAGAUAUUGUCCUGUGGGCGGCGCUCUACCCCAUCUUAUCUGACUCAGGUUUUAAAGCUGGUGACCUGCGGUUUGUGCGAGGUUGGUUUGAUGGCGUUAGCGUUCUGCCGGCGUGUAAAGCGGCAGCUCAGAAAAUUCUGCAUGGAAAGAAUCCUGAAGUCCUGAAGACUUUCCUACAAAAACUACCAACCACACAAACACAGCGAAGAGAUGCCCCGACCAACAUCAUUCCUGCAGAGGCUGAGGACACAGAACAUGUGAUGUCACUGCAGGAGAUUGAGGAAGCAGCUCAGGUUUGGUCCACAGGACUUAAAGAUUGUCCAGAAGUACCGCAGAGGAAACACCCAAUUCUCCCACAGGAAGGAAAGAGAAACGUGUUGGUCACAAGCGCCCUGCCCUACGUCAAUAACGUGCCUCAUCUGGGCAACAUCAUUGGCUGUGUGCUUAGUGCUGAUGUGUUCGCCAGAUAUGGGCGUUUACGUGGCUGGAAUCUCUUGUAUGUCUGCGGUACAGAUGAGUAUGGAACAGCGACUGAAAACAAGGCUCGUGAGGAGGGUCUGACACCAAAAGAGAUCUGUGAUAAAUACCACGACAUCCACGCCUCCGUCUAUAAGUGGUUCCAGAUCGACUUUGACUUCUUCGGUCGCACCACCACCCAACGGCAGACUGAAAUCGCACAGGAUAUUUUCUGGCGUCUACACGAGAGAGAUUUUCUCCUGGAAGAAACGGUGGAGCAGCUGCGAUGUGAGAACUGUCAGCGCUUCUUGGCCGACCGCUUCGUUGAAGGUGUUUGUCCUUACUGUCGCUAUCCUGAAGCUCGUGGAGAUCAGUGUGAUAAAUGUGGCCGUCUGAUCAACGCUGUGGAGCUCAGGAAUCCACAGUGUAAGACGUGUAAGGAAACUCCUGUGAUUAAGUCCUCUAAACAUCUGUUUCUCAACCUGCCAAAGUUGGAGGGCGAGUUGGAAACGUGGUUGGAUCAGUCAACAGGUUCUGGUGAUUGGACAUCAAACGCUCGGCAGAUCACUCGCUCGUGGCUGCGGGACGGCCUGAAGCCUCGCUGUAUCACCAGAGAUCUCCAGUGGGGGACGCCUGUACCUCACCCAGAUUACACUGAGAAAGUGUUCUACGUGUGGUUUGAUGCUCCUAUUGGCUACCUGUCCAUCACAGCAAACUACACCGACCAAUGGGAGAAGUGGUGGAAGAAUCCUCAGCAGGUGGAGCUGUAUAACUUCAUGGCAAAGGACAACGUUCCCUUCCACAGUGUGGUUUUCCCGUGUUCACUUUUGGGUGCACAAGACAACUACACACUUGUCAAUAAUCUCAUCGCUACAGAAUACUUGAAUUACGAGGACACAAAGUUUUCUAAGAGUCGUGGUGUUGGUGUAUUCGGUGACAUGGCUAAAGACACAGAGAUCCCGUCCGAUGUGUGGAGGUUUUAUCUGCUGUUCAUCCGUCCUGAAGCUCAGGACUCUGCGUUCUCGUGGGCUGACAUGGCCCUCAAAAACAACUCUGAACUUCUCAAUAACCUUGGAAACUUCAUUAACAGGGCAGGGAUGUUUGUGAGUAAAUUCUUUGAAGGCCACGUUCCUGAGAUGUUCCUCAACGAUGAUGAUAAACGUCUCAUUGCUCAGGUCUGCUGGGAGCUCAAGCAAUACAUCCAACUGCUGAAUAAAGUCCGGAUUCGUGACGCUCUGAAGUGCAUCCUGAACAUCUCGCGUCAUGGCAAUCAGUACAUCCAGGUGAAUGAACCCUGGAAGAAGAUCAAAGGAGGAGACAGUGACAGGCAGCGUGCCGGUACGGUGACGGGUGUAUCGGUUAAUGUGGCGUGUCUUCUGUCUGUCCUGCUGGAGCCCUACAUGCCCACAGUGAGUCAGACCAUCCGAACCCAACUGCAGGCUCCGCCCACCUGUACCGCCGCUAUGAUGACUGGAGCGGGACGCUUCAUAUGUACACUACCAGCCGGCCAUCGCAUCGGCACGGUCAGUCCUUUGUUUCAAAAGUUGGAGAACGAACAAAUUGAGGCAUUGAGAAAACGAUUUGGAGGACAACAGUCAGAAGAGGAGAAUGAUAAAGGAGAGACUCCCAACACGGCUGCAGUCGACACCAAACCCAACGCCGGUGUUGAGCUGAACUCUCCGGUGAAUGUUAAAGCAGAUCCAGAGAGAGCCAAACAGCUGAAUGUGUUACUGACAGAACAAGCUGAUAAAGUACGAGCGCUGAAGGCUCAGAAAGCUGAGAAGUCUGUUAUCACCGAGGAAGUCGGCAAAUUGCUGGAGCUAAAAAAACAACUCGCUCUUGCAGAAGGCAAAAGUCCAGAGCCGUCCAAUCAGAAAGCUAAGAAAAAGUGACAAUUUUAUCAGUUAAGGUAGACCGCAUAUGAAAUUGUUGAAAGGAUUGUACUGGAUAUUGUUUUAUAUAACUGCCCUGCCCGGAUAUGCAAAACAAAAUGUCCUUUUAAAAACCUAAUAAAAUAUAUACAUUCCCUA